AUGGUGCAAUAUAAAAAAUUGUACGAACUUCUCCGAGAAGGACCACAGUAUCGUGAACCUCAACCACGUUAUUGGCAACAUGCUUUUGAAACUGUAAAAGAUGUAGAAACUUAUAUUGAUAAAAUUUGUAAAACCGAAAAACUAGCGCAGAUCUUUUCUCGUGAAUGGAAAGCUGAAUUAUUACAGUUAGUUACAGAUCGUAUCAAAUAA